AUGAUCGACGCCAGACCUCGCAAUUCCUCUCCUAGAGUGAAAUCAUUCAACAUUCAAGAAGAAGCCUUCCCAGCACUCCCGACAAGUGGCGCGCAACCAAACUACUGGACCAGCAACUCCCGCGCCAGCCACUCACAGCCUCAGACGACACCUCUGCUCCAAGCCAGCCAGCCAUCCUCACUCUCACCGCCUCCAGCCACCCCUGACAGCCCUGUUGCAGCUCUGAUACACUUCGCAACGGAACUCUCAGGUGGAGAUCUCAGAGAACGGUACAGAAUACUUAAAGAACUCUACAAGGAGAACAACCUCCCAGCGUUUGUGAUACCAGAGGCCAUGUUCACCGCCUGCUCUACCACAACAGAGGCCAACCCUACACCUGUGACACCUGCGAACCCGGCUCCAGAAAGCAUCAGCACACCGGCGGCCACACCGAUCACAACACCUGCUGGAGCACCUCCUGCCACCGAACCUGCACCUUCUCCUGCCAGUGAACCCGCGACGGCGCAGAUCUCUACAAAGCCCAAACCUGCCUCUACAAAGCAAGAAACAACACCAGCUGUCGCCGAUAAUAGACCCUCAACACUGCUCAAGACCCACAUACCCUUUGAGGAGACCUACCUGGUGAACAUCGAAAACCGGUACCCCAGACUGUCGACCUUCUACGUCGGCCUAAAGGACCCAACUUACACUGAUGCAGAUGGAAAUACCAUACCAUAA